UUAUAAAAUACGUUGUACAUCUAACUAAUAUAGUAAUACUUAAAAUUAAAAUAAACUAUUUAAUUUAAAAUCAAUUAUAUAGUUCUUAAUCAUACAUAAUAUUAACUAAUAGAAUGUUUAUUAUUAAAAGUAAUAUGAAAAUUACAUUAUUUCAUUGCAAACAUCUGAAAAAAUACAAAAGAAUUGGAUGUUACUAUUAUUCUAUAGAUUUUAAACACGGAGAAAAUCAAAUAUUACCCAUGAAGUAUGAACCUAAAUUAGUUGAAAAGUCUAAAAAUAUUCUAUCACCCAAUUUUAAUAGUAUAAAUCAUAAUAUUGAUAAUCCAAAAACUUUUUCCAUCGUAUUGCCACCACCAAAUAUCACUGGAUCUUUGCACUUGGGCCAUGCGCUUACAUCCACUAUUCAGGAUAUUAUUGUUCGAUGGCACAGAAUGAGUGGUGUUGAUGUAGUGUGGGUACCAGGUACUGACCAUGCUGGUAUUGCCACCCAAGUAGUUGUAGAAAAAAAAUUAUUUGCUGAAAAAAAUAUUAGCAGACAUGAUAUUGGUAGGAAAGCUUUUAACCAAGAAGUGAUAAAAUGGAAAGAAAGCAAAAUAUCAAUUAUUAGAAAUCAAUUAAAAAAUCUUGGUGUAACAUUAGAUUGGAACAGAGAAAUUUUCACAAUGGAUGAAAAACAAAGCAGAGCUGUUAAUGAAGCUAUUAUACGAUUAUUUGAUAGUAAACUCCUAUACCGAAAAUAUUCAUUAGUUAAUUGGUGUUGUUCAUUGCAAUCUACAGUUUCUGAUAUUGAAAUAGAUCAUAAAGAAAUUUUAGGAAGAACUUAUAUUAGCUUACCAGGAAGUAAUAGGCCGGCAGAAUUUGGAAUUCUCACUGACAUUGCUUACAAAUUUCAAAAUUCUGAUCAAGAAAUUGUUGUAUCAACAACUAGACCAGAAACUGUACUUGGAGACGUAGCAGUUGCAGUAAACCCUGAUGAUAUUAGGUAUAAAGGACUUAAUGAUGUAAAACUAUGGCAUCCUUUUAGAAAAUGUACUAUACCUAUAAUUUAUGAUAGUUCUGUUGACAAAAAUUUUGGAACAGGGGCAGUAAAGUUAACUCCUGCACAUGAUAUUUUUGAUUAUGAGUUAGCUGCUAAGCAUAAUCUUCCUAUUAUCAAUGUUAUUGAUGAAUCUGGAAAUAUUAACUGCAAAUAUGAUGAGUUAAAUGGUCUACCAAGAUAUGAAGCUAGAACUGCUAUAAUCCAAAGAUUAAAACAAAUGAAUUUACUAAGAGACUCAAAAGAACAUAAGAUGUCAAUUCCUAUUUGUAGCCGUACUGGUGAUAUAAUAGAACAUCUACCAAAACUUCAAUGGUUUAUUGACUGCAAAGAAAUGGCUCAAAAAGCAUCAGAAUCAUUUAGAAAUGGUAAAUUAACUAUUGAUCCUAGUCAUUAUCAGAAUCAAUGGCUGUUGUGGCUUGAUAAUUCCAAAGAUUGGUGUGUAUCUAGACAACUCUGGUGGGGACAUAGAUUGCCAUUGUUUGAAACUAAAUAUGGUUGGAUAUCUGCUCAUAAUACAGAUGAAGCUAAAAAAAAAAUUGGAACUAAAAUUAAGCUAUCAGAAAAAGAAAUGGCUUCUUUGGAUAUUCGACAGGAAGAAGAUGUAUUAGAUACUUGGUUUUCCUCAGCGUUACUACCGUUCUCUUCAUUUGGUUGGCCCGACAAGACUGAAGAUUUAAAGAAAUACUAUCCUUUGAGUGUUAUGGAAACUGGACAUGAUAUUCUAACAUUUUGGGUUGCCAGAAUGGUGAUGCUAGGAACAUUUUUAACAGGAUCACUUCCUUUUAAAAAUGUGAUUUUACAUGGUAUGAUAUGUGAUAGUCAUGGUAGAAAAAUGUCCAAAAGUCUAGGAAAUGUUGUUGAUCCUGAAGAUAUUAUAAAUGGAAUUUCAUUAGAGGAUUUACAAAACAAAGUUAAAGCCAAUGCUAAAUCUGGUACAAUAUCAUAUGAUGAAUUAGAAAAAGCUUUGGUAGGACAAAAAAAACUAUUUCCAAAUGGUAUUAAAGAGUGUGGUACAGAUGCCCUAAGACUAACUCUUGUUUCUCAAAACAUCAAAAAUCAAGUAAUUCACUUUGAUGUGAAUGAAUGUUAUCAGAACCGUAUGUUUUGUAAUAAAGUAUGGCAAGCUACAAGAUUUGUACUAAUGUGGGCGAAUGAGAAAAAAGUUCAUGACUAUAUGUCACUGGCUCCCAUUAACAUAAUGCAAUUUUGGAUACUGAGUCGUUUGGGGGAUUGUGUUCAUACAAUGAAUAACUCAUUCCAAAAUUAUGAUAUUUAUAUUGCUACAGCUAAAUUGAGAAAAUUUUUUUACAAUGAGUUUUGUGAUGUUUUUUUGGAAACGUGUAAACCUACGUUUGAACAUGGCACUGAUGAAGAAAUUCAAACAACUUGUCAGGUGUUAUUAUAUGUUCUGGAUACAUCUCUUAGACUCAUGAGCCCAGUUAUGCCUUUUUUAUCAGAAACCCUUUAUUGUGCAUUACCUGGAAAAAAUAAAACACAAAUCGCAUAUACUAAGUUUCCUGAGCCAAUUGAAUAUAUGAAAUGGCAUAAUAAACAAUUAGAUGCUGAUAUAAGAAUAGUGAGAGAUAUAAUUACAGCAAUACGUAGAAUUCGAUCAAUAAAUAAUUUUAACAAAAACCAAUCUGAAAUUAUACUACAUUCAAAAUGCCAUAAAUUAUUACAUAAGUAUGAAGAUAUUAUUCAACAUUUAUCAGGAUCUACAACAUUAUGUUUCUUAGAAGAGAACUCUAAUUUAAAGUUGCAUUCUAUUUCUGAUAUAGUUGGUGAUCAUACUGAAAUUCAUCUUCUUUUAAAGGGUGGAAGUUUAGAAUACAAGAAAUAUUAUAGUAUUUUAAAUUCAAGACGUCAACGUUUACAAAAACAAGUAAUGAAAAUCGAAAAAUCACUUUCAUUAAGUAAAAAUAUUCAAAAUAGUACUGACAAUGUAAGAGUAACACGAGAAAAUAAGUUGCAUUCAUUGUUGGAAGAAAUAAAUAGAAUCAGCGUGUACAUGAAAACUAUCAAGGAUAAAGAAAUAGUAACCGAAUAGGCAAUUUAACAAUGAAUAAAAUAAGGUAUUUCAACGAAAUACUUUAUAGUCUGUAUACAAGAGGAAGACUGAAUUUAAUUUGUCUCAAAUUAUGAUAAGACCUUGGUAGGCAAGAAAAUUAUUGUUUCUAUAAAUAUAAUAAAGUUACCAAACUAACUAACAA